AUGGGUCUGACCGCCGUUCCACCCGUCGAAGCCUUUGCCAAUGGCACGCCUAUGGAGGAAGUAUUUGAAGCCUUGUACCGAGACGGCGCUGUACGCAUCAAAGGCCUCCUCUCACAAGCUGCCAUCGAUGAGAUCAACGCCGAGAUCAAACCAUAUUUCGACGCCGACUUCAAUUCUGGCCUAGAUGUGUUUGCCAAAGAAACGAAAACCGUUUGCGGUCUCGCAGGCAAAUCGCCCGCCGCAGUGCGAGCCAUUCUUCAGCAUCCCAUGGUCAAAGCUGCCGUUGACGACGUACUCACCAUCAAGACUGAUUCCUGGUGGGGAGACUCGAGAAACUCCUGCACCAGCCCACCGCUCCUUUCGAGCUUCUUCACCGUGCGUGUCGGACCCGGCAGCGCGCGGCAAGGCCUUCACCGCGACGACCAGGACCACCACGCUACCCACACACACGGCGAUCCGCGCGAAACCACGAAGCUCGGCUGCAUUGUGGCCACUUCUAAAACCACGCGGGCGAACGGGGCCACUGAGAUCGUACCAGGGUCGCAUGUCUGGGAUGACGAGCGCAAGCCCACGCCAGAAGAAUGCACUUACGGAGAAAUGGAUCCCGGUGACUGCUUAUUUGUGAUGGGAAACUGUUACCAUGCGGCUGGUGGCAACACCACAGUGGACGAGCGUCGGAGUGUGAUCGUCGCCUUGUUCUGUAAAGGCGUGUACCGGGCUGAGGAGAACCAAUUCCUCGCCGUGUCGAAGGAACAGGUUGCCAAGUACGAUUACGACGUGCAGGAUCUUCUUGGAUGGAAGGCCAGCGCACCAUUCUGCGGCUGGACUGACUUCCGCAACCCGUAUGACCUGAUCAGGAAGGACAAUCUUGCGCAGCGGGAUCUUUUCUAG